AGACAACUCAUCUUGUUCUCCACACAAAACACGAGAAACCAAUCACAAGUCUCUAUUUCUUGUUUCAGUCAUGGCUAUCUCGAAGGCUUUGAUUGCCUCACUUCUCGUAUCUCUUCUUCUUAUCCAACUUGUUUAUGCUGAUCAACUGGCGACAAGUGCCAGCAAGGGAACCACUGCCCCAAUGAAAAUCGACUGCGGAGGGCCUUGUGCGGCAAGGUGCCGAUUAUCGUCGAGGCCGAACCUAUGCAAGAGGGCGUGCGGGACAUGUUGCUCCCGCUGCAACUGUGUUCCUUCGGGUACUGCCGGUAACCAAGAAAUGUGCCCAUGCUAUGCUAGCUUGACCACCCACGGUGGCAGACGCAAGUGCCCUUGAGUUUUUAAUCAACUUGGAACUAAUAUUCUCCUUUUGAGGCGAGCUUUGUGGUGAAAUAAACGAAUUGCAUGGUGUAAAAAUAAAUAAAAUAAUGUGUCAUACGUAAAGCACAACUCAUUU